AUGGAGGAGAAAGAGAUUUUGGACACCUUCCGAAAGGUGGAAGUAAACAUCCCUCUACUUGAUGCAAUUAAGCAAAUCCCAAGAUAUGCAAAGAAGCUUCCACCCAAGUGCAAAGAUCCGGGAAUGUUUACGGUUCCUUGCAAGAUAGGAGAUGUCACUUUUAGUAGUGUCAUGCUUGACCUUGGUGCUUCUAUUAAUUUCAUGCCAUGUUCGGUGUAUGAAUCAUUGAAUGUUGGACCUUUAAGUGAAACCGGUGUCAUAAUCUCUCUUGCGGAUAAAUCAAGUAUAUCCUAUGAUGUUUCAUCCUUGUGUUUUGUUGAUGUUAUUGAACCAUUAACCCAAGAGUUGUUCGAGUUGUCUAAUGAUGACAUGUUGGAGAUGGUUUUGAGAAAAGGGUAUGAUUGUGGAAAGUUAGCCAAGAAGUUGAAGCUCUACUCACUAGACCUCGAAGUUGAAAGAUUGGUUAACAAUCUAGAGAUCAAGAAGACCACUCAAUUUAGUGUGAAGCAAAUUGAAUUACCUCAAACUCACACAAGAUUGCCACCCUCCCUUGUUCAACCACCAGAAUUAGAAUUGAAGGUCCUUCCACAACAUUUGAAGUAA